GCAAAAUUAUUUCAGUAAAAUUUUUGUAUGCUUUCUUGUUACACUCUUGACAUCUGAAUUGUAGAGUGCGACUGGCUACUUUGAGCAGGAAGACUCCUUACUGCCGUCGUCGAACUGCGGAGGGCUUCCACCGGCAGUAGCUGCUCCUGGUGCCUCCCAUUUAUUAUCUUUGGAUGAUCGUGGGUCUUCAAAAACCAGCUCGGAGGGUAACCCUCCUACUGCUACUCCCGGCAGAGGACGAGGGCGAGGACGUGCAUCGCUAGCCUCCGAUAUGCCGCCAGAUGAAAGAAAAAUGACUAUCCUCGAGAGAAACAAGGCGGCGGCUGUUCGCUACCGAAAACGAAAGAAGGAGGAACAUGACGAUAUGAUCACUCGUGUGCACACACUGGAGCAAGAGAAAGUGCAGCUAAAUACACAAAAUCAAGUGCUUCGACGCGAACUUGAUCGGUUGACAGCCUUACUUCGAGAGCGAGAAGCUCGAUGUGUGUGCCUGAAAGGAAUGCCCUUGAGCACAGACCCUCGGGCCGAAUCUCCAGUGGAUGUAUGUUUUUGGAACUCCUUUAAUUAG